GUCUGUGUCGGUAAUUGACUAACGUGGGGCAGAUAGAGCAAAACGCAGAUACGCGUUCUUUUUUUUUCACAGCGAAGGGCUGACUUUCAGCCUUCCAACUUGGAAUUACCAGUUGCCGUUCGGACUGGGGAAGGGGUGGGGGGCGAAAAAGAAAAAAGAAAGACGGUAGCCUUGUCGGAGCUCCUCUCACGCAUGAACAAACAAGUGAAGGCAGGCAGGAGCUGAAAAUGGCUGCCAGAGUCCUGUACUUAACCGUGGUGAUUUCCACACUAUUCGGUGCCUUACUUGGAUGUCCAACAGUUUGUACCUGCUCAGUCAGAUUUCGACAUUAUUUUGUGGAUUGCUCCUACAGAGACUUGGUUGAAAUCCCAACUCCCGUGCCCCCUAAUGUUAGCACUAUCAGUUUCUCAGCAAACAAGAUCAGUAUGGUACCACAAGGCAUUUUUGACAACGUCACCCAGAUGUUGUCGCUAUGGAUGGGCCACAAUGAAAUUGUCUCCAUCGAGCCAGGAAGCCUCACUCCCAUGGUUCUGCUGCGUAAUUUGGACAUCAGCCACAAUAAAAUAGUUGACUUCCCAUGGGGGGAUCUGCAGAAUCUAACUGCCCUGCAGUUUCUGAAGAUGAACCACAAUGAGUUGGUCACUCUGCCCAGAGAUGCCUUCGUUAAUCUCAAAAACCUCAGGUCCCUUCGUCUUAACAAUAACAAGUUCUCGACUAUAGCUGAGGGGACAUUUGAUUCUUUGAUGUCUUUAUCCCAUUUACAGCUCUUCGACAAUCCUUUUGCAUGCACUUGUUACAUAGACUGGUUUCGAGAUUGGCUUUCAACGACUACCAUCUCCAUCCCUCAACACAACUUGAUCAAUUGCGCUACUCCAGCGACACUUGAAGGAGAAAUGAUAGUGAACUUACCUGCUUCAAAAUGCACCCACCCAAAUGUCACAAUAUGGACUGAGCCAAAUAUAGACCACAGGACUUUGUACGAGGGCGACGAUUUGGUCUUACAUUGUGAGUAUCAAGGGACCCCAGAGCCAUUGGUCACAUGGAAUAUUCCCAGUCAAGCACACGAACUGAACCAGACUUUUACAGAGAAUCCAUCAAAUGAUGGGUCCUUAUUGUCAAAUAAUUCUGUCCAAGUCUUUAAUAACGGAACCGUCAUCCUCUCACACCUCAGCGCAGACGUUGGAGGCAACUACACUUGUUCUGCCUCAAAUGAAUUUGGCACUGCGGUAGGCUGGAUUUUUGUCAAAGUGGCGUCUGCGUCAGAACAAACAUCCGCAAAGGACAAGACCACGAAAGUGCUUUACAGUCCAACACAGCAACCAAUAAAGUCAACAACUGGAAUGUUUGUUUUUGAUUCUGUUUCGCCCACCAAAGAGAUGAACCCACAGCCUUUCAAUGAGUUAAUAGCUCCAUUUAAAUGCGGAUUGAAAGCUAAAAAAAUCCACACCUCAAGCCAACUCUUAAAUGGGAGCUCGGAUGACACAAAUCCCGACAUGUUCGACUUUGGUGUCAUUACCCUAUGGGUGUCAGAAACAGAGGCAACAAUACGACUCAACUCUGUUCUUAUACCCAGAGACACGCAGGAAAACCGGACUGCCGCCACCGUCGCAUCAUCGGAAGGCCCUCACAACGCCACCGAAAACGACUUUGAAGAAAUCCCUUCACGAGGGUUGUAUUUGUGUGUAACCACUGAACACGAACACUCACCUGUGCUGUGGUCGCUGGUUAAAGAGGGUCUGAGCACCUACCAACUCAGUGGUUUGCGGCCUGAUACCAACUACUCCCUGUGUUUGACCCGCGAGGGGGAAGACUGUGAAGUGCAAGUGCUGUUCAGCACCAAAAAGAAGGUGCCGAAUCUGAUCAUCAUCAUCUCAGUCAGCAUCUGCCUUCUGACUGUGUCCACCGUUCCUCUUCUAGGAGCCAUAUGUUACCACUUGGUUCAUAAAUACCGCAGCAAAACGUACAAGCUGAUGCUAAAGGCCAGAGACCAGUACCAAAUGGAGAGGAACCGGGCAAGCACCGUCAACAUCCCACCACUAACUGAGUCUCAGAGGAAUAUACACGUCCAUCAACUGGACGAAGAGGAUGGGGGUACCGAGAGUCUGGAUGGAGAGAAGGAGGCAGAUACAGAAGAAAGCGUCAUGACUGACACUGCCACUUUGUCUCACUCAAAAGGGAAUUUGGAGGACUGCGAGGUCGGAUCAGACUUUAGCGAUAGGCUUCCUUUGGGGGCUGAAGCUGUCAGUAUCACGAGCAAUUAAAAAUGCGUACAACGGUAAACGGCGCAUUGUGCUGUUAUAAAUGAAGCGCACUCAGUAUUGUUUCACAUGGUGCCAGUGACAUUAGCGAUUUUAGUGUGUUGUGUGGAUGUGCUGAAAAUGUCAUCUGAGGGACCGUCGCACUUUUUGUCGACUGACCGGGCAACUAACUGACUAACUAACUAGACAAUCAAGCAACGUUUGAUGAAUGUAGCAGACACUUCAAAAGCAGAUUGUGAGAAAAGGGACAGCUGAUUUAAAAAAAAAAAAAAAAAAAAACUUGUCCAUUAUUGUU